AUGGCCAAUAUCCAGCAGACGCAGGCUUUCUACGCCCUCACGCUGGAGCAGUCCUCCGCACCCACUGCAGCCGUCGUGUGCAGCGUAAUUCCAGGCGAGAAGAAUGAGCAGAUUUUUGAGGCUCGUGGUCAACGCGUAUUGCUCCACCGUGUCAUUGACACGACAGUCGCGGGACGACGGGUGGAGACAAUCGCUGAACAUGAUGUUUUCGGCAUCGUGCGUCGCGUUGCAGCGUUCCGGGUCCCUGGCACAUCGACUGAUCAGCUCGUUGUAGCAACAGAUUCAGGUCGCGUGACUGUCCUCGAUUUCGACAGUGAAAAGAUGAAGUUCCGCAGGAUUCAUUUAGAAACGUUUGGGAAAUCUGGAAUCAGGCGCACAGUGCCCGGUCAGUAUCUUGCUGUAGACCCGCGUGGUCGCUGUCUGAUGCUUGCCAGUGCGGAAAAGAACAAGGUCGUCUAUUUCUUGACCCGACAAGGCGAGAACGAGAUUUUGAUCUCAAGUCCCCAUGAGGCAAACAAAUGGGCCUGUUUAUGCUUCGAUAUUUGUGCUCUGGACACUUACUGGGAUCAACCAAUCUUUGCUGCUCUCGAAGUCGAUUAUACGCAAGCCGAUACAGAUUCGACUGGACUUGCCUACGAGCGCCGGGAGAAGCACCUUGUCUACUACACGGUUGACCUAGGCUUAAACCACGUUGUCAAGAGUUGGAGUGAUCCGGUAGAUUAUUCCGCGCACAAACUUUUCGCUGUGCCUGGUGGACAAGACGGCCCUUCAGGAGUAUUGGUGUGUGCGGAAGGGCGGAUCUACUACCGGCAUAAUACACAGGCGUCAAUGUCGAUUGCCAUACCUCGAAGGAAAGGUCUGACUGAGGAUCAGACUCGCGAUCGAUGCAUUGUCGCGGGUUGUCUUCACGUCAAGCGGAGUACUCACACUUUCUUCUUUCUGCUGCAGACUGACGAUGGCGAUGUGUUCAGGCUCGACAUCGUGGGCGAAGAUCCGGCUGUUCCUGAAUACAUGCAUCUGAAGUACUACGACACAUUCCCAGUAGCGCGACAAAUGGUGCUGCAUAAACGAGGUUUUCUUUACAUUCUGGCCGAGAACGGUUGCAGCAAGCUCAUGCACAUCGAUGAUCUGGCCCAGGAUCUAGAAUACGAACCACACAACAAUUUUAGCUCAGAAGGUGUAUCACCAGAUCCAACAGAAAAGAUCGAGCCCACUUUUUUCCAGCCACGAGAACUCACCAUGUGUAGCCUUUCAAUGGAGGUGCCUGGCUCGCACCCACUGAUUAAGGCUAAAGUCGCAAACCUUACGAACGAGGAUGCGCCACAAAUUUACACUCUACAAGGAUCCGGCACACGUAGUCGUCUGCAGACCAUGAGGUACGGCAUAACGGUAGAGGAGCCUAUCCAGAAUCCUAUGGGGAAUGUACCAUAUGAUAAUCUGUUCCCGAUGAAGCAUCGGGCUACCGAUCAAUACCACAGCUAUUUGCUUAUCACGAGUCAAUAUGCCCAGAUGACCGUCGCUUGCUCUAUCACAGACUCAGUUGAGCAGCUGGAAGAUUCUGGAUUCAUGGAAAACCGAGCAACGAUCCAUGCCAACCAGAUGGGCGAUGCCACGCGGAUACAGGUCCACGCCCGCGGUAUCCGAAGUAUCUUGGAAUCUGGCGCUGUGAACGACUGGGAAACACCGAAGCAUACUACCAUCGUUGCAGCAUCUUCGAACAGUCAUCAAAUGUUGAUUGGGCUGAGUUCUGGUGAGCUGGUCUAUUUCAUGAUGGACGAGGAUGGUGUUCUGCAACAACUCGAAGACAUGCCCGAGAUGGACGACAAGAUUACUUCUCUAGCAGUAGGCACAACACCGCCGGGAAGACAACAAGCCAAAUUCGCAGUUGUUGGCUGUGCUGAUUCGACGAUUCGCGUCAUAAGUAUCGAGACAAGUUCAUUGCUAGAAGUAAGAACGGUCCAAGCGCUUUCCGCUAUCCCCACCUCGCUGGAGCUUAUCGAGAUGAUCGAUGCCAACUCCAAGACCAUGGUGACCAACGUACAUAUUGGCCUGGAAUCAGGGUUGUACCUUCGUGCAGUGCUUGACGAACUCACAGGUGAGCUCGGAGAUACUCGUACGAAGUUCAUCGGCACAAGAUCGCCUCGCCUUUGUCCCGUUCGACUGCAUGAUCAGGAUUGUAUCGUGGCAUGCUCUAGUCGACCUUGGUUGGCAUACAACCACCCACAAUCGCGCCUAUUCACCCUCACCCCGCUUGUCACAGAGGGAUAUUUCGAGGCUGCACGGACAUUCAACACGCCUUUUCAGAACUCUGGCCUGUGUGCGAUCCAAGGAUCAAAUCUGCUGAUCUUUGAAAUCACGUCCAUCAACGAGCGCUUGUCGACAACUUCGGUUGAUCUGAAAUAUACCCCUCGAGCAUUCGAUCGCUCACCAUACUUCCCAGUGUGGUAUGUGGUACAAAGCGACGCCAACACCCUUUCCGAGGCAACUCGAGCACAACUUCGUGGUGGCAGCAUUGAGGAUGAUGAAGCAGCGACAGCGCUCGAAAAGCAUCUCGGCGUUUCCCAUGGUACCGAUCACUGGGCAUCGUGUAUUCAAGCCGUUGAUCCCGUCUAUCGGAAAGCUGUCACUACGACGAUUGAGCUCGGCGAGAAUGAGGCCGCUCUUUGCUGUGCAGUAGUACAAUUCGAAGAAAAGAACUGGGACCAUUACCUCGCCGUCGGCACAGGACAACACAUGUCACCAGGCACUAACAAAACCAGUGCUGGCUUCAUCCACAUAUAUCACAUCACCGAAGACGGCACGAAGCUUGACCUCGUUCACAAAACUGAUGUAGCGAGCCCCGUUUAUGCGCUCAUGGCUUUCAAAGGACGGCUGGCCGCCGGUAUUGGCAAAGACCUCGUCAUUUACGACAUCGGCAUGAAGAAAUUGCUUCGCAAGAGCCGCGGAGUCAAUGCAGCACCCAAUCAAAUCGUCACCUUAGAGGCUAGCGGCAAUCGUAUCAUCUGCGGCGAUGUGUGCGAGAGCGUCACAUACGUCGUCUUCAAGCCGAAGUUCAACCGCCUCAUUCCGUUCGUCGACGACACCGUCAAGCGUUGGACCACGGCUUCCGCCAUGAUGGAUUACGAGACCGUAGCGGGCGGCGACAAAUUCGGCAACCUUUGGGUCGUGCGAUGUCCCCCGCAAGCCAGUCAGGAAGCAGACGAAGACAACGCAACAGCGCACCUCAUGAACGAACGAUCCUACCUCCACGGCACGCCGUACCGGCUAGAUCUCCGCGCGCACUACUACGCACAGGACAUUCCCGUCAGCAUGCAAAAGACGGCAUUGGUAGCCGGUGGACAGGACGUGCUUUUCUGGGCAGGUCUGCAAGGCACGCUGGGAAUCCUGGUGCCCUUCAUUGCGCGCGAGGACGUCGACUUCUUCACCUCGCUGCAGCAGGGCAUGCGCGCGGAGGACCCUCCGCUCGCGGGCCGCGACCAUCUCGCGUAUCGAUCGUACUAUCUGCCCGUCAAGGGCGCGAUCGAUGGCGACUUGUGUGAGCGGUUCAUGGCGCUGUCGUAUGAUGGGAAGCAGAAGGUUGCGGCGGAGACGGAGCGCAGCGUGGCGGAAUGUGAAAAGAAGAUUCAGGAGAUGAGGACGAGGGUGGCGUUUUAA